AUUUUUAAAUAUGGGCAAGAGAAUUCGAAGUAAGUUUUCUAACUUAUAUCAUUAUAGCAUAAAGAAAGGGUAAAUCAAACAGUGUUUUUAAAGCACAUUAGAAUUAAAGAGUUGGAAGUCCUUAAUAUAGACAUCUUGAUUAUGCUGAAAGACAUGGUUAUGUAAGAGGUGUGAUUUCUGAAAUUAUUCAUGAUCCAGGAAGAGGAGCUCCAUUAGCUAAAGUAGAAUUCAAUGAUCCUUAUAAAUACAAAAAAUAGACCAAGCUUUUUAUAGCUCCAGAAGGUGCUUAUACUGGAUAAUAUAUUUAUUGCGGUUCUAAGGGUAUUCUUCUUUAAUAUAAGAAUCAUUAAAUAGCCUAGUUAGCAACAGGAAAUGUUUUACCAAUAGGUUCAAUUCCAGAAGGUACAGUUGUAUGCAAUUUGGAAGAGCAUCCUGGAGAUAAAGGUGCUUUAGGAAGAGCUACUGGAUGUUAUGCUACUAUAAUAGGUCAUUCAGAUGAUGGAGCAUAAACUAGAGUUAGAUUACCAUCUGGUACAAGAAAAACAUUAAGUUCUCUUUGCAGAGCAACAGUUGGUUUGAUUUCUGGUGGAGGAAGAACUGAAAAACCUAUACUUAAAGCUGGAAGACAGUUCCAUAAAUAUAGAAGACUCAGAAAAGUAUGGCCAAGAGUUAGAGGUGUUGCAAUGAACCCAGUAGAUCAUCCACAUGUAAAUUUAUUUAUUCAUUUUUAAAUAGGGUGGUGGUAAUUAAUAACAUAUUGGACAUCCAUCAACUUUAUCAAGAUAUGCUCCACCAGGUUAAAAAGUAGGUCUUGUAGCUGCCAGAAGAUCAGGACUUCUUAGAGGAGGUGCUCAACUUAAAUAAAUGGAUGAAGAUUUAGCUGCUUAAUAAGCUAAAAAAUGAUAUUUUAUUUAUGUUUGUACAAUAUUCUAAACUUAC